CAUGCAGUCCCAGCCCAACCUCAAUAGCGCUGUUCGCUUCCCGACCGUCUCCCUUUUCGUUGUGUAUUCCUUGUGCGGUGUGCUGGCCUCCGUUGCCUGAGGUUGAUCCACGUAAUCCGUCGAAAUGGGUCGUGUGCGUACCAAGACAGUGAAGAAGGCAGCGCGGGUGAUCAUUGAAAAGUACUACACCCGCCUGGGCAGUGACUUCCACACCAACAAGCGCAUCUGUGAGGAGAUUGCCAUUAUUCCCUCAAAGCCCCUUCGUAACAAGAUUGCUGGAUUUGUAACUCACCUGAUGAAGAGAAUCCAGCGCGGCCCAGUGCGAGGCAUCUCCAUCAAGCUGCAGGAGGAGGAGCGUGAGCGCCGUGAUAACUAUGUGCCCGAGGUGUCAGCUCUGGAGCAGGGCAUCAUUGAGGUGGAUGCUGAUACCAAGGAGAUGCUGAAGCUGAUGGACUUUGACAAGGUUGCAGGCCUCCAGGUGACCCAGCCCAUCCCAUCCACUUAUGGCAACAGGAGAUAAAUGGUGUAAAAAAUAAACAUCGGAAUAUGUGAA